GUCUCUCUUUUUACUCGCGUACGUUACGUCUCUUCCUCGACGACGGGAGAGAGUGAAACGUCCGUUGUUCCACUCUCUCUCUCUCUCUCUCCCUCCCUCCUUCCUCUCUCUCUCUCUCUCUCUCGUCUUAUCAACGAGCGAGCGAACCGAGUUUCGUGCACUGCGCGACGUUUAAGUGCCGUCGUAAAGUCUCGCAGAGUUCGCAAACUCUGCUCGAACGCGUGUGACGUCGUUCGUCGAAAUAGACGAGCGGACAUUUUGAAUUUCGCGACAGCUGCGGAGUGCCGAGAGAGUUCUGUCGGAUCAUCCUGAAAUUUCACGAGCGGACACUUUCAAGCGCGAUGUCGAAUCGUGGAAAUUUUGAGGAAUCUCCUCUUCUCUUCCUCGUCGCUCGACGACGACAGAUAGGCGAAGCGGGGGCGUCGACGACGAAAGGGACGAAAAGGAGGAGAGGAGAGGAUAGUCGAGUGCGCGAGCGAGAGUGCCGAUGAAUCUGUGGUCCCGUGAAUCUCUUUCUCCUUACUCUCGAGCGUGCAAAAAGGCAAGGUCGUACGUGGCGAAUAUACAUAUAUAUCCGGCGCCGAAUACGAGUCUCGCCGAGUCGAGGUACGGCGUCACCGGCCAAGAUGGCGGCGGAUUUCGGACAGGACCCGGACGGACGCUGCGCCGAGGUGACAAGUUCCGUCUCGUGUUGGCGACGACAUUACGCGAGGAUGGAUAUCCAGAUGGUAACGAAUGGAACCCUAUAGAGCAGGAGGGUGGUUCCAGGGCGGAUAGCUUCGAGUACGUCAUGUCCGGCAAGGUGUAUCGGAUCGAAGGCGAUGAAGCUAGCAAUGAGCCCAGCAGCAGACUAUCAGCCUACGUAUCUUUCGGAGGUCUGCUCAUGAGGCUACAGGGCGACGCGAACAAUCUGCAUGGCUUUGAAAUAGAUCAACACAUGUACCUGCUAAUGAAGAAACUUGCAUUUUAAAAUACUACCGAUCGCGCGCGGGCUGUUGGAUCGUUCGUCAUUCGAAAGUUUCUUCGACGAAUAUAUCAGAAGAAAAAUGUGCAUUUUACAUUUUAUAUAAUGUACAAUAGAAUUAAAUACACAAGCGAUAUUGACAAUAUUGCUAACUUAUUUAUAGCCUUCAUAAUAAUUAAUUUACAAUGAAAUUUUCUUUUAUAUACUUUCAAGGCCUGAAGAAUUUAAAGAUGUCGCUACAAAUUCGAUAAUUUUACAUUAUUAAAUUACCAGAUAAUAUUACUGAACCACUGUUACUAUACUUGUAUCUAGGAAAACUUUAUAAAAACGAAUAAAAAUAAAUUUUUAUAUUGAAA